AUGGAAUCCCGGCCGAUUGAUGCCCCAUCUGCGCCGUAUACCGGUCCUGGGUCUUAUCCAUCUGGAGGACCACCCGGUGGUUCAGAGUAUCAUCCCUCUCGUGUCGAAAAUAACCCCAAUGCCCGCCCAUCUCGGCCUGACGACUACCCUCGUCCCUCUGGCCAGUACUCUCACCCGGCAGAUCAAUACUCCCGCCCGGCAGAUCAAUACUCCCGCCCGGCUCAACCGGCGACUCCUUCGGCACAGUAUGGCGGCCAAAGCAACAAUGGACCGCCGCCGCCGCUUCCGAAUGUUACCGCUCAACCCUCCGUUGAUAAGAUGUCUGGUCCGGCAGCCUAUCCGACUCCCCAUUCGCACCAAACGAGUAUGGCCGAGGUGCCCCGCCCAUCAGCAGCCCUGAACCCCCUCACCACAACCACCCAGGACCUGAAGUCGAUCAAAACAACCACGCAGUUCGCUCUGCGGGAGUACCUCUCUCUUCAACGUAAGAGAGGCAGUGGCGCGACAUCAAUGGAGCUCGAGGAUCAGAUUCGGAACCAAGGCCGCAUUUUGCUCGGAGACCUCAAGAUCCUGCGGAAGGAGGUUGGGGUGGUAAUCAAGGAUGGCGAGAACCACCGUUGGAGGAAUUGGCUGAUCGGUGGCGCUGUGGCAACCUUCAUCCCAGCUGUGAAGAGGAUCUUCCGUCGUCCGUCCUCCGAGAAGUCGGACAGCGUGACGACCAAUAAGACCGAAUAUGCCUUCUCCCGCAGCAAGGAUCUCCUCGCCCGUAUCAAAGACAGCGUUCUCGGCCGCAAUAGCUUCGCCAGCAUUGCCUUCUUUGUUUUUGCUGUUCUCUACGUCUUCUCCAAUGAGGUGACCUUGCAGGUGGCCAAAACCGUAUCGAAGCGCCUUAAGCGCCUCAGCGCCAAGAUCGAGCGAGGCGACGCUGAGGUCGUCGAGCAGGACAUGAAACUGUUGGAGGGUUGGCGAUGGAGAGUGUUGAUGUGGGGUCAGUGA